CCUAAUUUUCCGGUCAAAACAACUUGCUAAAUAAGAAAUUUUUUGUCAAAAAAAAAAGAAAAGAAAAGAAAAAUUUGUUUUCGCUCCAAGAAAUCUGAAAUGCGGGAACUUUGAAGAGUGCAAAAGGGGAAAAACCAAGACAAAGAAAGAAAACGAGAAAUCAUUUCUUUCUUUCUUUCUUUCAUUUCAAUACUUUUUCUCCUUUUUGGAAUCGUUUUUGAUUGGUUUAGAAUGGAAGCUUCGACUCCUCAAAUGCAGACGUUUGGUCAGACGGAGAUUAAUUGGGACAAACUCGAUAAAACUAAAUUUUACGUUGUAGGAGCCGGAAUCUUUACUGGAGUUACUGUAGCAUUGUACCCAGUCUCUGUUGUAAAAACCAGACUUCAGGUUGCUUCGAAGGACACUGUUGAGAAAAGUGCAGUUUCUGUCAUCAGAGGCUUGUUAAGAACCGAUGGAAUCCCUGGUCUAUAUCGAGGGUUUGGAACAGUCAUCACUGGUGCGAUUCCUGCCAGGGUUAUAUUUCUUACUGCUUUGGAAACUACAAAAGUGACUGCUUUCAGAAUGAUUGAACCAUUUAAAUUGUCUGAACCUACACAAGCAGCUAUAGCGAAUGGAAUUGCUGGAAUGACAGCAUCACUAUUGUCUCAAGCUGUUUUUGUUCCGAUUGAUGUGAUUAGUCAAAAGUUGAUGGUCCAAGGAUACUCGGGCCAUGCAAAAUACAGUGGGGGUUUGGAUGUUGCUCGUAAGGUUUUAAAGUCUGAUGGAAUCCGAGGGUUAUACAGAGGAUUUGGUCUAUCAGUCAUGACUUACUCUCCAUCCAGUGCUGUAUGGUGGGCUAGUUAUGGUUCAAGCCAACGUGUUAUCUGGAGGUUCUUAGGCCAUGGCACAGACCUUAAGGAAGCUGCUGCUCCUGACACAUGGAAAAUAGUGUCAGUGCAAGCUGCAGGAGGAAUCAUUGCAGGUGCUACAGCUUCCUGCAUCACAACUCCAUUGGAUACUAUUAAGACUCGCUUACAGGUGAUGGGGCAUGAGAAGCGACCCUCUACAAGACAAGUUGUAAAAAACUUAAUUGCAGAUGAUGGUUGGAAAGGUUUGUACAAAGGGUUGGGUCCAAGGUUCUUCAGUAUGUCAGCAUGGGGCACCUCAAUGAUAUUGUCAUAUGAAUACCUGAAGCGCUUAUGUGUGAAAGAGGAAUAGAAGUGACCAACACCUGUCAAACAGUUUUGCUUCUUGUUGCAUGAAAAGCAUAGAUUUAGGUCCUAGGCUGGCUGUGAGUCGUUAUAUUUCUGAAGACAGCUCUGCCAGACAGUCUCAAAGAUUAUUUUCUUUCAUUCUCCAGAUCCAGAAAUGGCUUGCGAUUGUGCAGCAACUAUCAUUGUCUUCUCAUAGAAACCAACUCAAUGAUUCAUUAAACAGAUUAGUGACUGAUUGUUUAAGAGACACAUUGGAUCUGGCUAAGAUUCUUUCAUGCUAGAUUUUUUUUUUCUCGUUAGGAUAAAAUUGCUGACACUUAGAAACUAUAACAAGUAGCAAGUGUAUCUCUCUUACAAAAUUCAACAUAAAUUGUAUGUUUACACAAGAUUUUUCAUUAGGCGCACAGUUAUUCUAUCUGAUUUUUGUUUUUGGAUAUUUGAACUUAUGUUCUGUUCUCUAUCAUUUGAAAUAAUGGAAAUAAGCUGUUUCGAC